AUGUUGAAGCAUUUGCCAGGAAGACCACCGCAAUCGUCGUCUACAAUCAACAACCUUUCAAUGCCGCCGUCAAAACCAACUUUGGUCUUCGUCCACGGAGGAUGGCAUGAUCCAUCUUGCUUCGACUCCGUCCGAGUACCACUUGAAUCCGCAGGAUACAAGUGCCGCGUUCCUGCUCUACCUUCCAUCGGCGAAUUAUCAGCUACGAAGACAUCUAGCGACGAUGUGGCUGUGGUGCAUGGUAUCAUCAGCGACUGUGUUUCGAAGGGAGAAGAUGUCAUCGUGAUCGGGCACAGCAAUGGUGGUCUCAAAGCCAAUGGGGCCUUGAAGGGACUGGUUGGCCCAGAUAGCACUGUGGCCGAUAGUACGGGGAAGAUUUUGGGCCUCGGGAUAAUCGCAGGUCUCCUUCCUCCAGUUGGGAAGAUGGGUGCAUCUGCACCAGCACCACAAUCGCAUUUGAGCGAUAACCGAUGGGUCUUCAGUGAGACCGAUCCGACCAUGCUUCCCCGAGAUCCAACGAACCUCUUCUACAACGACAUGUCUCCAGAACAAGCGGCUUACUGGACCGCUCGUAUUAAACCGAUGCAUACACAAGAGAUGUUCGGAGGCUACUACGAAGCAUGGCAUCAUGUGCCAGUUUCGUACCUGGUCACUACCAAGGAUAAUGGUAUAUCUGAAGCUCAACAGGAUGCAAUCAUCAACGACGCCAAAGCCGAGGGCGGAAUCGUGUUUGCAACUCAUGUCGAAGCCAGCCAUAGCCCCUUUCUGAGUGUGCCCGACAAAGUUGCGGCAUGGAUCCGACGUGCUGCAGAGGAAGAGUUUGUGACGACGUAG